CUGAUGGUGGGCGUGAAGCAAGCGAGCGGCCUGAAGGCCAUGGAUGUGGGAGGAACUUCCGACCCCUACGUCAAGGUCUACCUCCUGCCCGAUAAGACAAAGACCUGUGAGACCAAAGUUCUGAAGAACACGCUCAACGCCACCUUCAACGAGACCUUCACCUUCCAGAUCUCCAAGGCCAAUUUGAUGAAGUCGACGGCUGUACUUCAAGUUUUCGACUUUGACCGCUUCUCCAAACAUGACAUCAUUGGAGAACUGCGCCUAAAACUCGGGCAAGUAGACUGGAAUCACGUCAUCGAGGAGUGGAGGGACCUCAACGAGCCUGCCGACAUGGAGGAGGAGAACCUCGGUGAGAUCUGCUUCUCUCUGCGUUACGUUCCGACAUCCAGCAAACUAACCGUGGUCAUCCUGGAAGCCAAAAACCUCAAGAGCACCGACCUGGAUGGAAGCUCAGGUUAG